AAAGGCAAAUCAGCAGAGUACAGAGACUGACCUUGAAGGCCUGCGGCGAUUCGGUUCAACGAAAGUUUUGAGACUGUGUUUAGCUGUAUAGCUGAUCAAUGAUGGUGUCAAUACUCGGAUCAAUCAGCACUGCCCUUGAUCGGUUCGAACAUCAGUGAUUGUACCACUCUAGAACAAAUAACCACCACCUUCACGUUUCCCUCAUGGAUUACAAUCCCUACUCUUACCAGCAAGGCUCAUCUUCCAAUAAUCAUAUCCCUUCUAACGCGUAUGAAUAUGAUGUUGGAAUCCUUGCUCAGCAAAGUGUUUAUGUUCCCGGCGCCAUGAUCGACAAACGCGGCGGCUCUGGUGGCAAGCUUGCUAAAGGAGGCAAGCGUACUACAGUGCUCAGGAAAGGUGGUGGCAAGGUGUGGGAGGACCAAACUUUGUUGGAUUGGAACCCUUCUUGGUUCCGAUUGUUUGUUGGCGAUCUUAGCAACGAUGUCUCAGACGACGUACUCUCGAACGCAUUCAACAAGUAUCCUUCCUUCCAGAAAGGACGUGUAAUACGCGACCGACUAAGCCAAAAGGCUAAGUAUGGAUUUAUCGCUUUCUCUGACCCUGAAGACUUUCUUAAAGCAUGGCGAGAGAUGGAUGGCAAGUACGUUGGCAAUCGGCCUAUCAAGCUGAAGAAAGCUGACGACACCGCGAUUCGUCCGGUUGAGAUUGGCCACCGUAAAGCCAAACAACUCGAGAAGAAUCUCAAGAAGAACAGACACAACCCGUACUGAGUUCGUACUCGAGUAUGUCCUUUGCCGUUUGUCCCAUCUGUAUCUGAAUGUAUAAUCCUCCGAUGCCCCUCGCGACCUUGCUCAUUUCUCUUACACUUCUUUCACAUGUAAAUCCCGAAGCCGACGAACUUUCCCUGUUCACUUUUAUACUUCGUGGACGCGUCUUUGCGCCAGUAAGCAUUGAUCAUGUCGUAGCAAAGGUAUGGGCUCAGCGGCACGCCAUUGUCCAUUUAAGAUGCAUGUGUACUUGCGCAGUCCCUAUUCGGGCGUGGAUUGCAGUGUCAGGCGUGGAUUGCAGUGAAACAUGAGAUACACCCUAUUUAUCAUGGUCCUGUUCAAGUGUCGUUAGCUUUACUUACUUUGAGCUCACCUCGACUACAUGGUCAGCAAGUAUUACAUCGGAUUGACAUGUGCCAUCAUUCCCCGGCCAACACGAAAUAACAACG